AUGAGUGGAGCCACUCCAGAGGUUGACCAGACAGCAGGACAGUUGGGAGGAACCACUCUGGAGGUUGAUAAUGUAGGUGGAGCCACUCUGGAGGUCGACAGAGACCUUGAGAGCUGUGAUAUUGAUGAAACCAGCCAAAUGAUAAAGGUCUGGCAGGGCGUCAGUAAGGGCAGCCAAUGGGUUUGGAGCAUUGUGGACAAAGGCGGGGUGGCCAUCGGGAGAGAUCAUGAAUACUCCGCAGACCGGCCGUCGCAAGCGAGUGUGCGGCCAUCCCUCAACUGUCAUGAGCCGGUCAAUAUGGUCCGUACAAAGGCCAAGACUGAGACCAAAGGCUUUAUCCUAAACACCUUUAACACCUCUCCGGGCCGCGGCGCCGCGCCGGGCAGACGCGCACACUACGGCCCGUCUGGAGCGCCCGUGAUAGGGGCAGAGGAGGAGAGGAGAGGAGCUCCGGGGAACACAGACAGUAGUGAAGGAGGAGGAGAAGAAGAGGAAGUGGCGGAGGGCAGACAGACGCCGGUGGUUGUGGCGGCCGCCGGUGGAGAGGGAAGGCAGGACUCGUGCCCGCGCAGCGCCCUGCUCGACCACAGCCGGCGGCACCGGACGGCGUUCACGCGCGAGCAGCUGUGCCGGCUGGAGCAGGAGUACGGGAAGGAGAGCUACGUCUCCAGACCCAGACGGUGCGAGCUGGCCACCGCGCUUAACUUACCGGAGACAACGAUAAAGGUGUGGUUCCAGAACAGGAGGAUGAAGGACAAACGGCAGAGACACUCCCUGCCUUGGCCUCACCCUCUCGUCGACCCCCUGGGGGUGCUCCUGAUGGGCCGGGCCUCUCCUUCCUCCACGUUCCCGUACCCAUUCAUCCCACACCAUCUACCCCAUCUCCCCCUCCACCACUACUCCCCCUUGGCUCUCUCCUCACCAGUGUCCUCGGCUCACAGCCCCUACAGCGCACCCUUGAGGCCCCUGGAUGCGCUCCGCCUUUCACAGUACCACAACAGGCCAGGGGGGCUGCCUUCGGCAACAGGAGCUCUCUACCCGUCCACAGGCAUCAUGCACCACCCGGCCUCAUGCCCCUGCCCUCUUUGCCUGCACUGGGGGCCAGAACAGCUGCUUAAAGCCAGAGAGGAGGCUCUGGGACUGAACCAGCCCCGUAGUCCCAAAGCCAACAUCCAGCCUGCUGCUCUGGAAAGGAGGGAGGAGGUAGUGUAG